CUCUGUGAACAAAAUCAUGCCGUCCUAAAAUCGACCGACCAUUCGACACGUUAGAGAAGUUUCUUUUGGUAGUACUGCGUAAGCUGCCAUUUUAUUCGAUUCCACCGUUCCGUCGCGGCAGUGAAACGACGGAACUAAAAUGUUGUAAUGGCGAGUGCGUCUAUUCCGCAUAUUUGAUAUCUCGAUAAAGUUGGGCGUACGCGUCGCCUUAUCAAUUAUCCUGACAAAGUAUCAAUAUUCUCGAGCGUUCUCUUGAUACUUUUGUGUUGCGCGCUCAGUACGCGAAUCACGAGGAUACCGCUUAACACCCAUAACGCGCAGUAUCAGCAUCGGUGAAUCAUUAUCGAGAUAUGGAGAGAAGUGACUCGAGUAAAACACGAUAAUCGCAUUAGUACCCGACUCCGAGUCCAUCACACGCCACAUCGCGGAGAGCGCGCGACAGUGUUCUGUGUUUGUUUGGCGUUGAAUGAAUUUAAAUUAUUAGACAGUUUCAUCAUUGUUGCGAUCGUUUGGACGCACACACCUGUGCUCGUACAUUUCCAUAAUAUGAAAUCGGGAGCAGCAUGAAGGUAACCGUGUGUUUCGACCACGUCAGGGUAGUGGUCCCGUGCGGAGAUGGAACUCUGUUUGUGAGAGAUCUGAUGCACGAGGCCAUUCUGAGAUAUAAGAAGGCCACUGGCAAAAAUGACAACACUCUGACCAUCAACAGCUUGUCUUCCUUGACUGGAGGUGGUUUGUUGGAUCCAGAUGACAGAUUAUGCGAUGUAGCUGAUGACAGGGAACAAAUUGUGGCGCACUUUGCAAGCUCUGAUGUCAAUCACGUCGGUGGAGAUGGUGCAAGUUCAGUUGGCACAAACAGCCCUGACUUCUUUCAUACAGAUGGGAAAGAGCAAGCUUAUUCUAUUGAUAUCCAUUCCUCUGUACCUACUAGUAGUAUUAAGAGAGAGAGCACGAAGCGGUUGUCGAUGCAUGCAUUAUCAACCAGAGAACCUUGUCUCGCAACAUAUUCUGCUCAGUCUCUACCUAGAGAAUCUCGACGAAGGGAACCUUUGGGUCAAGAUUCUAAGGCCUCGUAUGAAUUUGGUAAUAAUAUUGAAUAUAAGGAUCAAGAGGUACGUGAAAUUGUGAUAAAAAAUGAAGCAGGACCACUAGGGCUGCAUGUGGUGCCAUGUUAUGAUUUAUUAGGCAAUGAUCAAGGACUCAGGGUUGAAGGUAUUGAACCAAAUGGCCGUAUUGCUAGGGAUGGACAAAUCAAUUUACAUGAUAAUAUUAUAAAGAUAAAUGGUCAUAACUUGUUGCACAUACCAUUUGCAAAGGUUCAAGAGAUUUUUAGAACAUGUAUGAAUGAUCCCUGUCUACAAAUAUCUGUUGUUAAACAUAAGCAGAAGGUAAGAAAUGAAAAAGCUUUGAAUAAAAUUGUUGGUAAUACCAGUGGAGAAGCGGAAAAGGCCAACGGUGAUGACAAUAUCAAAAAACUUCAGUGCAGCAACUAUAAUCUUUUACAAACUGCAAAUACUAGGAAAAUUGGACGGAUGAUAGAGAUAGAAUUGACAAAAGGAAGCAAUGGUUUAGGGUUUAGUGUUACCACACGUGAUAAUCCGGCAGGAGGACAUUGUCCCAUAUAUAUUAAGAAUAUAUUACCAAAAGGUGCUGCGGUUGAGGAUGGUAGACUAAGACCAGGUGAUAGAUUGCUAGAAGUAAACAACAAGGAGAUGACUGGUAAAAGUCAAGCUGAAGUCGUGUCACUGCUGAGAAAUAUCCCUUCUGGUGGAAAAGUUAGGAUAGUAGUAUCACGACAAGAAGAAAUUUCUUCAAGCAUUCCAGACCCUCAGGGCACUGCGACAUCUACUUCCAUGGUUACCGAUGUGUUGGAGAAUUCAAAAUAUUGGAAUGCAUUAAAUAGAUCAUCAGCAAAAAAGAACGAUAUACCAGAUAAAAUAACCACUCACAAUUAUGAUAAAUGUACGUAUAAAUCUACAAAAUCCUCCGAAGAUAUCGUCUUAUCUCCACGGAAGAAUCGUAUGAUAUUGACUUUAGACAUACCGGUGCAUGAUUCUGAAAAAGCUGGGUUAGGUGUCAGCGUUAAAGGCAAAACCAACAGUUCUGAUGAUAACAAUAUGGACUUAGGGAUUUUCAUAAAAAGUGUUAUCAACGGGGGUGCAGCAUCUAGGGAUGGUCGCUUGCGGACAAAUGAUCAAUUGCUCAAUGUAAAUGGUGUAUCUUUAUUGGGAUUAUCCAACUCUGAUGCGAUGGAGACUUUAAGGAGGGCAAUGCUUAAUACAAACAGCCCGGUAACUGGCGUGAUAACUCUUACAAUAGCCAGGAGAAUAUCAUCAUAUGAUAGUGAGAAGAAUAUUGUAGAUAAUUUACCGUCUUAUCGUAAGCCAGAAUCUGUCAGUAGUAUAUACAUAUCAGAUUCCACUAAAGUAAGUGAAGGUAGAGUCAAGGAGAAGAACACCUUAAAUUCUCAAGCAGAUAUAUUAGAUAACGGAGGGCUGUUGUCUUGCGUAACAGCUUCACCAUGGAACCCUGUCAUCGAUAGACUAACAGAGCAGUAUAAUAAGAAUAGUCUAAGGAACGAGAGUUAUUGUCUCGCCACUAACAAGACAUGGAUAGAACCCGUUAGCAAUGUAAAGAAGAUAACUAUAGGAUCGCGCGAUGACCGGGUCGAGCCAAUAUUGUUAGAGGAAUCUAACGACAUUUCUCAAGGAAAUGACGCCAAACGAAAUACCGAGGAUAAGGACAGCCAAUAUUCCGGAGACCCUACGUACGACAGCCAGUUAUCCUUAGAAGAGUUUAAUUCUUCGUCCAAUAAAUUUUCUCGCGAUGCUCUUGGGAGACAGAGUAUGUCUGAGAAACGACACGCAGCACUUGACGCUAAAAAUACGGAUACUUACAAGAGGAAUAAAAAGUUGCGCGAAGGUAGAGAAAAUAAGGCUGUGGAGCAAACUAGCCAGAAAUUGAGCAGUCAAGCAAGCAACCAAUCGAGUAAUUUAGAAGAUCAUUCGAAGAGGAGCGGCAAGUUGAACAAUUUUGAGAAGCAUACGAGCAAAGGGGCCUUAGCCGAAAAUACAAGUACCGAUAACACCACGAAACACUAUGAAAAAUCCGUCGAUCCUGCUCAAUCGGAAUACAUGUAUACUAUUCCCGGAUGCAAUACAUUUCUUUCGCCGAGGAAACACUGGCUGGUGGAUGACGUGCGUGGUGAAGUUACGAGUAGCAAUAAUAUCAAAGACGAGCGAGAAGGUUUCUCAAACAGCCGAGGGGACGUUAAGCAGGCUUCUCUUAAUUCAGCCUUAGACGAUCGAUAUAAGCGUUCGCGGAAGAAAGGCGGUAUUCGAUCGAUGUUGCGACUGGGCAAGAACAGGAAAUCACUUAAUUUCGGCGAUAGUAUAGAAACAAGACACGAGACUAGUAAUUAUUGCAGUGGAACAAUCAAUUAUAUCGCGUAAUCACAAUGAGAAUUUUCGAGAUGAAUCCGGAAUUUAGUAUAAGAGUAAAUAAUAUACAUAUACAUUAUAUCGUGACUUUGCAAAUAUAUACACAUU